GAGAGUCCAAACCCCAGCUCUAGUGAUGAGGCAUCAGCAGAACGACGCCAGGAGAAUCGCACAGCUAAGAAGACGUUUUACCGCUGCCCGGAGUGUGGGAAAGAGUUUCCUCACCCAUCAAAACUACAGAGACAUCUUAGAACACACACAGGAGAGAAACCAUAUCCUUGCUCUGUGUGCGGGAAGAGAUUCAGUGAUACAGGGACCCUCAAAACACACGAGAGGUUGCACACAGGAGAGAAACCGUACAUCUGCCCGGAAAAGAACUGUUGGAAGAGGUUUGUCAGCCAAGGAGAGUUAAAACUACACCAUCGGACACACACCGGAGAGAAACCUUGCCACUGCUCUGUGUGUGGGAAGAGUUUCUCACGUAUGUGGCACUUGAAGGUCCACAUGAUGACGCAUGCCGGAGAGAAGCAGAGACUCAGCAUGAAAAAACCUUUCCCAUGCUCUGAGUGUGAGAGGGGCUGCAACUCUGCAGCAGAGCUCAAGAUGCACCAGAGGAUGCACACUGGGGAGAGACCUUACCAGUGUUCCACCUGCAAAAAGACCUUUGUUUUCCCAAGCUCUCUAACAAGACAUGAACAAUCCCAUAUAAGCGAAGCGAAUAGUACCGCCAAGCCGUACAGCUGCUCAGAAUGUGGGAAGGAAUUCACUCAGCCAUGGACCUUAAAGAUACACAUGCGCCAGCACACCGGAGAGAAACCGUACCACUGCUCUCAAUGGGAGAAGAGGUUCUCAUCCUCGUCACUCCUUAAAAGACACCAGAGGGUUCACACCGGAGAGAAACCAUUCCAGUGCUCCGACUGCGGGAAGAGUUUCUCCUCGUCUGCGAAUAGAACCAGUCACCGUCGUCGUAUCCAUGAAGGUAUACAGGGUGGGUCACAGCCACAGGAGGCAACCUCUGUGGAUGGUACCAGUAAGGCUUAUGUUGACCAAAACAACCAGGUUGAACCCACAGUUGUAGAGGAGGCUGGUCUCAGUCUGGUACUCGAUGUCAAAGUAAAAGAAGAGGAGGAAGACCCUGCUUUUGCAGAGAGACCUGACCAUUGCUCUGAGAGUGAGGAGAGUCCCUCUACAUUAGGAGGACCUGACCAACACCAGGAGAACAACAAAGCUCUGGGCCCUCACAUCUGCUCAACGUGUGGAAAAGAACUAUCCAGCUCCUACAAACUAAUGCUACACCAGAGAACACACACAGGAGAGAAGCCUUACGAGUGUAUGGUGUGUGGGAAGGGCUUCUCCCAAGCCGCAAACCUCAAGACGCACCAGAAAGUGCACAGUGGAGAGAAACCGUACCCCUGCCCUGACUGCGGGAGCAGGUUUACUCACAUGGGAGACUUGAAGAGACACCAGUUGUUGCACUCGGGUGAGAAACCUUAUAGCUGCCCCGAGUGCGGGAAGAGUUUUUCUCAGUUGGCGCACCUGAAAUCUCACCAACAGACACACACAGGGGAGAAACCUUUCCUCUGCGCUCAUUGUGAAAAGACUUUCUCCACUGCAGCCAAGCUGAAGAACCACGAGAGAGUGCACACUGGCGAGAGACCUUACUGCUGCUCCUACUGCCCCAAACGCUUUGCUCUAUCUGGGACACUGGUGAAACAUGAACGACUCCACACCGGAGAAACGCCAUACCAAUGUGGAGAUUGCGGUAAGGGAUUUGCUCAACUGGUGUCCUUGAAAAUACAUGCCCAAUCACACACUGGAGUCAACUUCUACAAAUGUUUCCAAUGUGACCAGAGCUUCUCCACUUCAACCAAGCUGAAGGAACAUCAGAGAAUCCACACUGGGGAGAACCUGUACCAAUGCACCGAAUGUGGGAAGAGUUUCACUAUCGAGUCAAAGCUGCUGAAACACCAGAGAGUUCACACUGGAGAGAAACCGUACCAGUGCUCCGGGUGUGGAAUGAGGUUCUCGCUCUCUGAGAACCUACUGAGACACCAGCGUAACUCUUCAGGGAUCUGUGGUGCUGUGAGCCUUAACCAGGCUACUGGGAGUGGGAUUCUACUUCUACAAGAUGCUGCUGUCUUCCCGAAUAUACUGGUCAAGGCUGGGCACAAACCCACAGAGUCCCUGCCUUCUGACCAGAGCCAUAGUGAAGCCUCCACUCAAACUGCUGGGAUGACUGUUAACGUUAAAGAGGAGGAGCAAACACUUGGACUGAAGAUUAAAACUGAAGAACUGGAGGAGGAGGAGGAAGAAGAAGAAGAAGAAGAAGAAGAAGAAGAGGAGAGGAAGAAGAGGAGGAGGAAGUUGUUGGGCUGAUUAAUUCUGAUGGAGAAGAAAUGGACUGGGAUUCUUCUCUUCUUGGAUAUAAUCCCAGUCAGAGUUCUGACAUUGAAGAGAGUCCCUCUACAUCAGGAGAACCUGAACAUCACCAGGAGAAUCACAACGCUAAG